AACGUGAAUUGGAGUCGGUGGAGGGGCGGCGUCACCACUUCACCGGAUCAUCGCAGAGAGAGAGAGAGAGAGAGAGAGAGAGAGAGAGAGAGAGAGAGAGAGAGAGGGCGGCAGAAACCUAGAGAGAGAGAGAGAGAGAGGGAGGAAAACAUUUUCCCGAUCUGAUCCCGCCAUAGUUUUUCCCACUCUUCCACCACAGACCCAUCACCAAACCCACCCAGUACAACCCACCCCCUCCACACAGCGAUAGAGAGGCUAUAGGCUGCUGCUUUAUUCGUCUGCUGGGGCCGGCUGCAAGUCAAGGAUUUCAUUUCUUCUCCUGCUCCACUUAUUCAACUGGAUUUACAGACAGAUUCAACGUUUUUACACUUUGAAAAUCUCCCGUUUUUUUAUUUUGAGUUUGCCGCCGUGAAUUAUCGUUUGUUUGCUUUUCUUUCUUUUUUUUUUUUUCCAAUUAUCAUUAUUUUAUUUUUUAAUUUUUUUGCUAGAUAUUCUUGCCCUCUAGCGUGAUUUCUACUUUCCGUUACUGUGACAGGCGCGACAAUAUCUUGUUGCGCUAUUAGCAAAAAAAAAAAAAAAAAAAAAAUUCAGGGGAGAAACUUUUUUUUUUUCGGGGCUUCAAUUUGAGUUAUUCCGGGCUUUUUUUAUUCUGUUUUUUUUUGUUUUUGUUUUUCGGGUUUCGGACUUGGAGAAACAGUUUCCACCAUGCACAAGCUUUACAUUGGGAAUCUAGGCGACAGCGUGACUGCUGAGGACUUAGGAAAAACCUUUGACGACCACAAGAUCCCAUACUCCGGACAGUUUCUCAUGAAAACCGGCUAUGCGUUUGUGGAUUGUCCGGACGAUCAGUGGGCCAUGAAGGCUAUCGAGACGUUUUCUGGUAAAGUGGAACUUCAUGGGAAACGUAUUGAGGUCGAGCACUCCGUCCCCAAGAAGCAAAGGACCAGGAAACUGCAGAUCAGAAACAUUCCACCUCACCUGCAGUGGGAGGUGCUGGAUGGUCUGUUGGCUCAGUGUGGAACCGUAGAGAACUGUGAACAAGUGAACACAGACAGUGAGACUGCAGUGGUUAAUGUCACAUAUGCAUCCCGGGAGCACGCCAGGCAAGCCAUCCAGAAGCUGAAUGGAUACCAGUUUGAGAACAACGCCCUGCGCGUUUCAUACAUCCCUGAUGAGAACUCCGAGCUAGAGGGAGGCCAGCGGGGGCCCGAUAACGGCCGGCGCCCUGGCUAUGGACCCCGAGGUGGACCCCGCGGUGGCUCCCCGAGUUCUGGGAUGCCCUUCAAACCUCCGCAUGCCGACAUCCCUCUGAGACUGCUGGUACCCACGCAGUAUGUUGGAGCCAUCAUCGGCAAGGAGGGAGCCACCAUCCGCAACAUCACCAAGCAGACACAGAGCAAGAUUGACGUGCACCGCAAGGAGAAUGCAGGCGCUGCUGAGAAACCGAUCAGCAUCCACUCCACCCCUGAGGGCUGCUCAGCUGCCUGUCGCAUGAUCCUGGACAUCAUGCACCAGGAGGCUAAAGACACCAAGACGGCUGAUGAGGUUCCUCUAAAGAUUCUGGCUCACAACAACUUUGUCGGACGCCUGAUUGGAAAGGAGGGACGGAACCUGAAAAAAGUCGAACAGGACACAGACACCAAGAUCACCAUCUCCCCUCUUCAGGAUCUGACCCUGUACAACCCAGAGAGAACCAUCACAGUCAAAGGCUCUAUUGAAGCCUGCGCUCUGGCCGAGGUCGAGGUCAUGAAGAAGGUCAGAGAGGCCUAUGAGAACGACAUCGCUGCUAUGAAUCAACAGACUCACCUGAUUCCUGGCCUCAACCUGGGAGCUCUGGGUCUCUUCCCCUCUUCCUCCAACAUGCCCCCACCCCCGCCUGGGAACGCAUCUGCCGGCGCCCCCUAUGGUUGCUUUGGGGCUCCAGAGCAGGAGACAGUCCAUGUAUACAUCCCAGCACAGGCAGUGGGAGCUAUCAUUGGAAAGAAAGGACAGCACAUCAAACAGCUGAGCCGCUUCGCAGGGGCAUCCAUCAAGAUCGCCCCAGCUGAAACUCCAGACUCUAAAAUGAGGAUGGUGAUUGUGACAGGACCCCCUGAAGCUCAGUUUAAGGCUCAGGGCAGAAUCUAUGGCAAACUGAAGGAGGAGAACUUCUUCGGGCCGAAGGAGGAGGUCAAACUGGAGACUCACAUCAAGAUGGCCGCUGCUGCUGCAGGGCGGGUCAUUGGCAAGGGAGGCAAGACGGUGAAUGAGCUGCAAAACCUGACAGCAGCUGAGGUGGUGGUCCCCAGGGAACAGACACCUGAUGAAAAUGACCAGGUCAUCGUCAAGAUCAAUGGACAUUUCUACGCCAGCCAGUUGGCUCAGAGGAAGAUCCGGGACAUCCUGACCCAGGUCAAACAGCCACAGAAAGGCGGGAUGGGCUCUGGCUCUGGCCCUAAUCCCCAGGGCUUCACAGAGAUGGGCAGCCCUACACAGGGACUGACUCAGGACCACCAGCCACGCAGGAAGUGAGGGUCCCCACACCCUCCUCACAUACCGUGGCCACCACCCCACCCCCCCACCCCCACGCCUGACGGACAGACACAGACACAUGCACGGACGGACGGACGGAUACAGGAGAGCGACACACGGACCCAGCGAUAGACAGGGAGAGAUAUAAAGAGGGAGGGAGUACGCCCGAUAGCCAGAGAGAAAGAUCGGCGUUUAGAGAGAGAGAGAGUGAGAGAGAGAGAGAAGAUGAAUAAAAUCAAAAGAUGAAAUGAAUAAAAAGAGGAUUAAGAUUAAAAAAAAGAAACCUGAGAACAGAAACCAGAUGCCAGGCCAGAAGAGAGACUGAAUGAGGAUGGAGGGAUGAAGGAAAGGAGGGACAGAGAGAGGGAGGAGCCGUGUCGUCCUAGUGUGCCUUGUAGGGCUGCAGUCAGCUCCUCCUCUGCUGCAGCAUGAUACAGAUCCUGAUCAGACAAGUUUAAACAACAUGGCUGACGUUACUCACCUUGUAAGGAUAGAGCCUUACCGCUGUUGUUUACACCUGUCCACAGGUGGACUGCAGAGGGGAGGGGCUGGCUGGACAAAUCUUUGUUUCCUGAGAGACACUAGCGCACACACACUCGUUCCUCUGUCGCCCUCUACGGACCUCUCCAGCCAUCUGCAGUCAGUCCUAUAUUUUAAGGGUGGUUUUUUUAAACAUAGAGAUAUAUGUAUAGAAAUGUUUUAUUCAGAGCUAUUAUUGAUAGAAUGCAGUGAGGCAGAGCCGGGAGAGGGAGCAGGGAAACUGCUGCAGCGGCACGGGACGGAUAGGUCAGGGGUCUGGCGUUAGCCCAACCCACACCUAACCUCCCAGCCAAUGAGAGUUUAGAAGAGGGGCCGCAGAUGUUAACACUGCUCUUUAAAGACUCUCUCCGAAUAGCGGAGAGGUUAGAAGAAAAAAAAGGAGAAUAUGAGGUUGUAAAUAUAUAAUCUUCAUGUAAAUGUUAAGAAAUGCUGUGUCUGGCCGCCUUGCCUUUCUUCUUAAAGGGGUCUUCUGUAAAUUUCCCAGUCCCCUUGUCUAUAUGUAGCAUAAUGUAGCCUACAGCGAGGCUCGGGGCUGGGGAGGCACUGAGCUCCCCCUUCCACGUUUAGCCGUGUGGCGGAAGGCGCAGCAAGAGACAGUAAGGGGUGCAGAGGUCGCAGCUGGUCCUGCAGUUCUAUUGCAGUGGCUUAGCUCACGUACGUUAAACCAUUUAAAAAAAAAAAAAAAACAACUUUAUACAAACAGCCAGCAGCUAUGCUAGGUGGCUAGCGGCCCGCACCUUAAACGGCAUAUUUUAUAUAUAUUAUAUAUAUAUGAUAUGUGAGUUAGCCCGGCCCCUCGGGUGAAUGUAUUGAAGGCAGCGAGUCUACACCUGUAUGAAUAAGUCCUGCAAUGACAGACAGACAAGGUGUGUCUGAGACUUUCUGCUCAUUGCCUUCCUCCAGCGCUCGAUACUCAAGGCCAGCCUUCUCCUCAGAGGAGCUGGGGGUCCUUAAGACCAUCCCUGCAUUGACGCCAUCUUUGCUCACAAACAUGGCCUCUGAUGCGUGUAUUAUUAAAAUGUUUAGGACUGGUCUUGGCCGAGCGCGGGAACCAAAAAAAAAGGCGAAGUCUUCCAAAGCUCCUUGCCUUGAGCUCAGAGAGGGUAAAAUCAGUCGGAAGGGGAGCGGCUUCCUCGUUCUCUCUCCCAAUCUGCCAAAGGCCUGUGGGCGGAGCCUCCAGACCUUGCCUGCGUAUGAUAAUGAGGGGCGGGGUCUACGCCUGGAUGCUCUCGCCAAGAUUAGAACAGAUUAGAGAAGAAAUGAAAAAGAAAAAACCUACCUCAGGGUAAAGUUACCUCAGUAUUCCUAACUUUUUUUUGCUUGCUGGUGUUUUAUAUAAGAAGAAAAAAAGAAAAGAAGAGCUGAUAGUCCUGAAUAUUUUUUAUUUUUUUAAAAGAAAAAAAGUAUUUUUUUUUAGGUAUUGUCUUGUUGCUUUGGUUAUUUUUUUCUGUUUUUUUUGUUGUUUUUUGGUGUGAUGAUGGUUGAAUGAGCUCAGGAUGACGAGGCGGCUGUGUUCUUUCCCAAAGCAGAGAGAGAUAAAAUGCUGGUCUAGUGAGGAAAUGGGUCAAGUGCCAUUUUGCCUUUUUUUAGGUGAGGAAACAUGCCCUCUGUCUUCCUGAAAGUGUGAUUGGAGCAGCCGUUGUCUGAAACGGAAAUAUUGGCCAAUGGGGAGUGGUGUUAACUGGAGAGGGCGGUCCUAAAGUGCACACGGCGACCAAACUCAGAGGGGGCGACACUAAUAACCCAUCCUCCUCGGGUCACAUGCGACUUACCGUCCUCGUGGCUACCGGCUCACCUUGUGCCCCGAAGGACCGCUCUCUCCUGCCUUAUUGUGAUGACAUCAUCAUGAAGCCAAACAUUAUGAGAGGGCUUUAAGUGUGCAAGAGGUUACGAUUCUCAGCCACAAAGAAGACACAUGAGAGCGAGCUUUGAAGCCAGUUUUUCACCCUUUGCCUUUCUCAGCUGGAGGUGGGGAACUUGUCAUAUCAGAGUUGUGUUGAACGCAGCAGCAGAGGGCAUUCUACCAACACCCCCCACACACACACACACACUAACACACACACACACACAGACACACACCCACAAGCCUGAACUAGCUCUGACUUCUCUGAAUGUGAAUAUUUAUUACCUGUGCACUGACCACGACACCUCAGAUGCUCCCUGUUGGCUACAUGUGUGCUUGAUGAAUGUGUGCGCACGCGUGCGAGAGCGAGAAAGCAAGUGCAAGCGUUGUGUAUGUGCGUUUGUGUUCACUGGUUUUAAAUGUUCAUUUUUUGUCAGGGGAUGUGGUUGGGUGAAACUUUAGAAAAAGCAGAAAAAAAGUAGGACGAGAACCUAUGGCCCUCCGUCUGCGUUCCAACUGAGGGAGGAGGGAGAAAUCCAAGAACCUUUGAAAAAAAAAAUGGGAGCAAAAAAAAAAGCAAGAGAGUUUAAAAACAACAUUAACACAGCUGAGUGAUAGAUUAAAAACCUGUAUAUAAGAUGUUAAAAAAAGGUGAUCACAAUACUUUUUUGUAUUUUUGGAGAAAUAUAAAAAAAAUCAGAAUGGGAAAAGCCGUGUAGACAGGAAAGAUUGCGCUAAGCCAAGUCACUGAAGGACACUGCCAGAUAACUCUUUUUAAUGUCUGACCUGCACUCGGCGUCAUACACCGCCAAUCUUCAUCAAACGGCAAAACCCACCAGCUCACCAUCAGACAGGGAAAAAUCUAUUCUAUCGAGUCUAUGCUUCCAUUUUUGUCCAGAGGGGGUAACUUCACACUGCAACAUGGUUGUCCCGUGUUAGGUUUCCACCUCUUUCCAAACCAUAGAGCUCUGUUCACAACCACCAAGACACGCUAUUUUAGGAUUCAUUAUUCAGCCUGCAGCCAUUUGGAUUGGUUAGGAUUCAUUUCUUUUGUUUUAUUUAGUUUAUGACAAUACAGCAAGCUUUAUUUGGACGUGACAUCUGGGGACGUACUGUUGCACUAAUUGAUGAAAUAUGUCGACAACGUCAAACUUAUCAAAACGACUGAGAACCUCCUGUAAAAACCGCCUGAUGCAAUUCUUAAGAGAAAAAAGGUGGAGAGUGAAGGAAGGAGAAGGAAAGGGAGGGAGGAAGGAGAAGGGAGGUGGUAGGAUGUUCUGGGAUGAAACGUUAGAAAUAAAAACACCUCCUUUCUUACUGUCCUCCCUCUGUCCUCACACAAAACAAUGUAAUUCCUUCUCCUUUUCGGUUUUUCUGUACUCCAGGAGAAGAGUGAGAUGUUUUUAUUUCUUUUUAUUAUGAAAAAAAAAAAUCAUUUCAUUUUUGGAGCGGGCGGGAACAUAAGGGUCCCUCGCCCUCUCUUGCGCUGGUCUCCAUCGUGUUCGUUUUGCUCAUUUCUGUUCAAGACCUUUUUUUCGAUUUUCUUACUUUAACCACCUUUUUUUUUUUUCUAGAAUCGAAGUUCUGAGAAAAAAAAAGAAAAAUAGUUGAAUUGAUCAUGUUUUUGUUCUUUUGUUUUUGAAUGCACAAAUCUAUUAACACAACAGCUACUAAAUAGGAAUGAACUACUAACAUGUAGCUCAGUACAUGACAGUAACUGUGCCAAACACACAGGAAGGUGCUCAGUCCAAAAUGCAGUAGGGAGCCAUUUUGAGCAAAUAACCUGUAAUCACAGAAAAGGUCUUAGAUAACAUGAGUAGUACUCAGAGUGAAGAUUACUACAUUCAAA